UGUGACGUCACCAAUAAACGUUUUCAAAACUCCCAGCAACAGUGUGCAGAGACCGUGCCUUUUAACUGUAUAUUACAAAAAUGUCCGAAAACAAAAAUACACAUCACUGGUCUUCAGAGGAAACCAGCGUGCUGCUCGCGAUAUGGUCUUCCACAGAGAUCCAGGAGAAACUGGAGAGCUCGAUAAGGAAGAAAAGAGUUUACGAUGAAAUAAGCCAGGAAAUGCUGAACGGUGGCUUCAGUCGCUCGACCGAACAAAUCAUAAACAAGUUAAAAAAGCUUAGGAAGGAGUACAGGGACCUGAAAAGGAAACCAAGUAAAAGUGACAGUGGACAGAUUCCUAAAACAUUCGACCACGGCGUUAUGGAGUCUGUGCUAGAACACCGACCAGCCAGUCAUCUGACUGGGGCCUUGAAUCCAGCGACAGCCACGCUUGAGAAAAACGCGGACUCCGUCGUGUUUUCUGUAGCCGAGCUAGGUAGCAAAAUAGCCGAGCCCAAAACUGCUCAGCUGUGGUCUUCAAAAGAAACCAGUGCACUGCUUGCGAUAUGGUCUUCCACAGAGAUCCAGAAGAAACUGGGGAGCUCAAAAAGAAGGAAAAGAGUGUAUGACGACAUAUGCCAAGAGAUGGUAAACAAUGGGUUUACUCGUACAACCGACCAAAUCAUUAACAAACUAAAAAAACUUAAAAAGGAGUUCAGGGACAAUAAGAAGGAGAAAAGUAAAAGUGGCAGCCAAUGGAGCAAUAAAACCAUUAACUAUGAUGUUAUGGACGCUGCACUGGAACGCCUACCUGCGAGUCAAUUUACUGAAGCAUUAAAUUCAGCAACAGCCAUGCUUGAGACGAAUACGGAAUCGCUGUCUUCUGCAGCUGAUCUCCACUCUUCACUUGAGGAGGUGCUGGACCAAGCUGAAUCAUCUUUUAGCUCCUCUCAUCCCCAACCAAGAAAGCCUCUGGGAACAACCAGAAUAAAGAAGAGAGAUUCAAACCAGGAGCUGCUGGAAUACUUGAAAACUGCCGAUGAACGGUUUAUGGCACACGCCAAAGAACUUAAUACUGCCAUUCUUAAUAAAAUGGAUGAAGCUACGAAUUCUAUGCUGGGACUAUUAGGACGCAUGGUGGCACUAAUGGAGGAACAGCAGGGAAAUAAGCCAUGAGCACAGGAUUCCUUUUGCAUGCUUAAUUCUCAUUUGCACACUUUUUACAGUUCAAAGUCGAAGCGAAACUGAAAUUGAACCUCAAGUUACUUUAUUAAUAUACAUUCCAGGUUUUAUUUGGAAUUAUUGUUUUGUGCAUUGUAUUACAGAACAUUUUUUGUUAAUCUGUCUUCAAAAUAUAAUAACUUGUUCUACCCAUGAAAUUACUUUUUUUUUUUUUUUUAUGCUUUACAACAUCGACGACUCCCCUCCACCCACCUGUCAUAUAGAGAUCAUGAGUAGCUAGUGGAAAUAGUGUAGGAAACCCAGAUGUGUUCGACAGGAGUAAAGGUGAAACCAUUACGACACAAACGCAAACUCCCUUCAUGACUUUGAAUAAAAGGCCACAGAUGGAAGAGAGCACCAUUGACAUUGAUGUCAACAAGCGUUCAUCGUGCACCAUAAAGGACCCAACAGAUUUCACAAACAUACUUGAUAUCAGUCAAGAAGACAAUGAAAAGUUCAAGAGCUUGGCUGAACCCUCACCAUCAGAUUUCUUGGAAUAAAGGCUGUGUUAUUGCCCAAUAUUAAAGUUUGCUCCAAAGAACGUGGCAUUAUCUUGCAUUCUAUGGUUUCUACUUUCUACACAGAGACAUUACAUCACUUAUCUACAUUCUGGCUGAUAUAGCCUGAAAAAUUCCUGUAAUGUGGUUGAGCCAUUUCCUUCAUGCCAUUUUCCCUUCCUAAAAUGUUUACUGAUAGAUUGUUCCUUGCUGCUCUUUGUCACAAUGAAAAAGUGUUAGUAGUAACAAUUUAAGAGUCCAAAAAGAAGGAAUAUUCCCUUCUCUACAUAAAACAGCAUCAACAUACAGUAUGUUGGAUGAUGGAAUUUACAUCGCAGAAUUAAAAUUGGUUACAAAUGCUGUUAACAAAAAA